CAGGUUUAUAGGUCUAUGACGCACAAGCCCCGCCCACUUCCUCUUUGCACUUUCCCGCGAAUGUUCUGCACAGCUUGUGUGCAUGCGAAGCAGCCUAGCAUUUCAAUUAUAAAUUUUGUUCAAACAGCUAUGGCAAAACAAAGCUCCAUUUUUAAUUUCUUUAAAAAGUCGCCGCCAGCCGUCGGGAAAACAAAAUCUAAUCCGACUCCAGCCGAAGCAGAUUUGCCUUCAGUUUCCAAAUCCAGCAGUUUCCCCAAGGAGGAAGCUAAGCAAGCCGCCCCAAACAGCAAGAAGGCUGCGGGAAACCCCAGCAAGUCUCUGGCUAAAGUCGGUCAUGUCAAAACUUUGGGACAAAGAGCUGCGGACACAAACCAGAGCUCUUCAUUCUCCUUUCAUGCGGGUGAUCUGGUAUGGGCAAAACUAGAAGGACAUCCAUGGUGGCCCUGCAUGAUAGUGCCCCAGCCAUUGAAUGGGCAGCAGAUGAGGGGCAGAGGCCAAGAUCAGAGAGUGCAUGUCCAUUUUUUUGAUGAGCCAGCAACCAGGGGUUGGGUCAGAACGAAGUACAUUCGAGAAUAUAAAGGUUCAGAUAGUGCUGAUGCCAAAGCGGGUGGUUUGUUCUUCAGUGGCAAGCCUGUGAUUCGCAAGGCUAUGGAGUUGGCAGACUAUGUGCUGCAGGACAGUCCUGAACAACGACUUAAGAUGCCUGUUUGUAUGGAUGCCUCUGAUGAGGAAGCAGAGGAGGAAGAAAUGAUGGAGGUUGAAAAAUCAACACUAUCAGAUGAAGAACUGUCAGAAGGAGAGGUUCAGAAGGUGAAGCCUAGUAGGCGUUCAUCACGUGCAGCAGCGGAGAAUGCUCAGAAACCCAAACGUCGGCGUAUUGUGGUGGCCUCUGACAGUGAGGACAGUGGUGAGGAGUUCAAGCCAGAUCAAGCAGAAACCAGCAGUGAGGAUGAGGGUGAAGAUGGGGUCAUCAGUGAUGCGGAGGAGAGUACACCUGCAUCUGAACCGGACAGUCCUGUGAAACCUGUAAAACGAAAGCGUGUAUCAGAGAAAACUGUUAAAACAAAAAACACGGCUAUGCAUUCAGAGAUCCAGAAGCGCAAUCCUGUGAGUCUUGCAGCUGACACAAAGUCACGUCUGUCUGCUUUUUCUGCUCCUGACAGCUUUGAGAGUCAGGGCAAUGCUGCAGGAAACCAGGAUGUGACUGGUGUGUGGGACCAUGAAAAACUGGAUUGGUUCCAGGAUGGCAAACGAAAGGAUGCUCAGAGGAGGCGUCAGUCCGAUAAUGACUAUGACCCAACCACUUUAUAUGUGCCUGAAGAUUUUCUUAACAGGGUUACGCCUGGUAUGCGUCGGUGGUGGCAGCUCAAGUCAGAGAUGUUUGAUACUGUUCUUUUCUAUAAAGUUGGCAAAUUUUAUGAGCUGUACCACAUGGAUGCUGUGAUUGGUGUCAAUGAGUUGGGGCUUACUUUCAUGAAAGGCACCUGGGCACAUUCUGGUUUCCCUGAGAUAGGUUUUGGCCGUUUCUCUGAUGUACUUGUACAAAAAGGUUUCAAAGUGGCACGCAUAGAACAGACUGAAACCCCUGAAAUGAUGGAAGCACGAUGUAAGGCUAUGGUGCGUCCCACUAAAUUUGAUCGUGUAGUUCGGAGAGAGGUAUGCAGAAUAAUCACCCGUGGCACCCAGACGUAUAGUGUGCUUGAUGGUGCCCCUUCUGAGUCAGAGAGCAAGUACCUGCUGAGUGUGAAAGAAAAGAAUCAGGAAGAAAAUUUAGGCCAAUGCCACAUAUAUGGGGUCAGCUUCAUUGACAGCUCUGUGGGGCGCUUUUAUGUAGGCCAGUUCCAAGAUGACCGCCACUGUUCCCGUCUGCGUACCUUACUGGCACAUUAUGUGCCAGCCCAGGUGCUGUUCGAGAAGGGUAAUUUGUCAGCUGAUACACGAAAAAUCUUCAAGACUUCUCUCUCCUCAGCAAUGCAUGAGAAUCUCAAUGCUGGCUCACAAUUCUGGGAUGCCCAGAAAACCCUGAAAACCUUGGCAGAUGAAGACUACUUCAAAGAAAGUAGAGAAGAGGGUGGUAAUUCUUCAGGAUCAUAUCUCCCCGAAGUUCUAAAAGCAAUGACUUCAGAAAGUGACUCUCUGGGUCUUACUCCUAAAGAAGGAUAUGAACUUGCUCUCUCUGCACUUGGGGGAUGCAUAUUCUAUCUUAAAAAAUGUCUGGUGGAUCACGAACUUCUUUCCAUGGCUAACUUUCAAGAAUAUGUUCCAGUGGAUGUGGAGAUACAACAGUCAGAGAAUGAAUCAAAUUUCUUUGCCCAAACGCGCCAGCACAUGGUUCUGGAUGGAGUGACACUGGCCAACCUUGAGAUUCUCCAGAAUAGUUCUACUGGAGGCACAGAAGGUACUCUGCUUGAACAGUUGGACACCUGCUGUACUCCUUUUGGUAAGAGGCUACUAAAACAAUGGCUCUGUGGUCCCCUCUGUAACCCAGCCUCAAUUAAUGAUCGGUUAAAUGCUCUUGAAGACCUAAUGGCUGUUCCAGCACAAGCUACUGAGGUUACAGAACUCCUGAAGAAACUUCCAGACCUUGAGAGGUUACUCAGCAAAAUCCAUAGUAUUGGUACUCCUCUGAAGGGAAAAGAUCACCCAGACAGCAGAGCAGUUCUUUAUGAGGAGACUGUCUAUAGCAAGCGCAAGAUUGCUGAUUUCCUUUCAACUCUGGAAGGGUUCAAAACCAUGCAGGAAAUAGUGUCAAUUAUGGAGUCCGUCUCGGAGAAAUUCCAAUCCAAAUUGUUGCGGCAAGUAGUGAUCCUAAAAACAAGAAGUGACGAGGGGUUGUUUCCCGAUCUUGGACCUGAGCUUACCCGCUGGGACACAGCUUUUGACCAUCAAAAAGCGCGUACAACUGGUGUGAUCACACCCAAGGCUGGCUUUGACCCAGAGUAUGAUCAGGCUCUGAAUGGCAUCAAGGAAUGUGAGAGAAAUCUGCAAGACUACUUGGGUCGACAGAAGAAGAGACUUGGCUGCAAGAAUCUAUCUUAUUGGGGCACAGGACGGAAUCGCUAUCAAAUGGAGGUUCCAGACAGUGUUUCUGACAGGAGCAUACCAGAAGAAUUUGAGGUUAGGUCCACAAAGAAAGGCUGGAAAAGAUACUCAACAAAGGAGAUUGAGCAUAUGUUCUCAGAGCUGCAGAGCUGGGAGGACAAAAGGGAUGCAUCAUUGAAAGAUUGCAUGAGGAAACUGUUUUACAACUUCGAUAAAAACUACAGAGACUGGCAGACUGCUGUGGAGUGCAUGUCUGUUCUUGAUGUGCUGUUGAGUUUGUCCCGAUACAGCCAGAGUGGGAAUGGGCCGAUGGCAAAACCAAAGAUUGUUCUGCCAGGAAAUGGCCCCCAUUCUUCCCCUUUCCUGGACCUCAGAGGGUCUCGGCACCCCUGUGUCACCAAAACCUAUUUUGGUGAUGACUUUAUUCCCAAUGACAUCUGUAUUGGUUGUCCUAGCAGUGAGGAAGAGGGGAGUGAAAACAAGAAGGCACUAGCCCCAUGUGUACUUGUUACAGGGCCAAACAUGGGAGGCAAGUCAACCCUAAUGAGACAGUGUGGCCUGAUUGUGAUCUUGGCACAGCUGGGCUGCUAUGUACCUGCUGAAAGCCUGUGUCUAACCCCCGUGGACCGAGUGUUCACACGCCUCGGUGCCUCAGAUCGUAUCAUGUCUGGUGAGAGUACAUUCUUUGUGGAGCUUAGUGAAACAGCCAGUAUCCUCUUGCAUGGAACCACUCAUUCACUUGUUCUUCUUGAUGAACUGGGCAGGGGUACAGCAACCUAUGAUGGCACAGCCAUAGCAAGUGCAGUGGUGAAGGAACUUUCCAAGAGGAUCUGCUGCCGAACUCUGUUCUCCACCCACUACCACUCACUCGUAGAAGACUACGCUCAGGAGUCUGCUGUUAAACUUGGUCACAUGGCGUGCAUGGUGGAGAAUGAAUGUGAUGAGGAUCCUAGCCAAGAGACAAUCACUUUCCUGUAUAAGUUUAUCAGUGGUGCUUGUCCUAAGAGCUAUGGAUUUAAUGCUGCACGCCUUGCUGCUAUCCCUGAAGAGGUGAUUCAGUCAGGACAUUGUAAAGCCCGUGAGUUUGAGAGGAGCACCAUGGCUCUGAGGAUCUUCAAGAAAGUGUGUUCAUUUGCUGAAGAUCCCACAACCAACCACGAACAGUUUGCUAGACUUGUUCAGAUGACUGGUAACCUGUACUAGAAGACAGUUGUACUCUGUAUAAAAUGGCUACUGUUCAACUGGAAAGUAUUUUCACUACUACUGAGCUAAUAAAAUUUACUCUCAAAAACUAGGAAAUUAGAUCUUUGAUUGUUGCUAACAUCUACAUAAUGAUUAAUUACUUCACAAUGUAUUAAAUCUAGUUUUCAUGGAACAUGCAUAAAAAUUCAGACUGUAUAAGAACCCAAUCACCAAAUGCUGUCACAGGGGGAAAAAAAAGUCUGUGUUAAUCUAAACUUCAGUUAAGCCCUUCAGUGGGGGGUGAGCUUUACAUUUUCUGCAGUAGAGUAGCUGAUUUAUUUGGUUUAACCUUUUUACUCAGAACAUUUUGAGGAAACUGUAACAAUCAGUGAUGUGAACGCUACUAGAGGUAUUCACCAGUCAUUAUUGGGUGGAGUGCUAUUUACCGAGGAAGAGUAAUCUCAAGGAGGACAGGUUAGAUGAAUUAUACAGUCAUUAAAAAAAAGCAUUUAAACAGGCAUUUUCAAAAUUAAGAACAUACAUAUGAUCCAGUCUUUACUCCAUUAAGC